UUACAUCUUAUUCUCACAUCUCUCAUCAUCUGUUAAAUUCAAAUUUGGGUAGUAGAAAAGAGAGUGAUCGAACAAGGAUAAGAUGAGGUACCAUUCUUUCUUAAGAAGCCUAAAGAAGGAAGAGCAACAAGUUCCGGACAGUACCCAUAAUUCUGGUGAAGAAUUCUCAGACACUAAUACUACAAAAUUAGAUGAUGCUUACACCAAUGGAGACAAUGAUCAUGAGGUUGAUAUCAUGGAUGAUUGGGAGCAAAUUUUGGGAAUCAAAAUGGAAGAAGAUGGAAAAUUACCGAGCGAUAACAUGUACAGCGGUCACGAGCUCAAUUGGGAUUUUAUGCAUUGGGACGAGUUUCCCAAUGGAGAAGAAGAAGGGGAGGAGAUAGAGCAAAAAGUUGAGCAAGGCACUGAUAAGUGCUUCUUUGAAGAGGAGAGCUACUACAAAAAAAAUGUUGUAAAGUGUGAGAGUUUAGGGUUUUGGGAUGAUGAUGAUGAGAAGAAGGUGCGGCUGAAUUUGAAUUUGAAUUAUCAAGAGGUUAUGGAUGCUUGGUCUGAUCGCGGUACCCUUUGGGCAGAUGAUUGUUCACUUUCUUCCAUGGCUAGCAAUGGCAAUUAUAUAGGGGAGGUGCCAGUAAUGGAAGAUGAGAAGGCAAGAAGAGAGGCAAGAGUUCUAAGGUACAAGGAGAAACGCCAGUGUAGACUCUUUUCCAAAAAGAUAAGGUACCAAGUCCGCAAGCUCAAUGCAGAUAAAAGACCUAGAUUCAAGCAGGGUCGAUUUGUGAAGAGGCUUUGAUUUGCCACGUGAAAAUACUUAUCAACUCAACAAAAAGAGAGCAUGGAAUAUCUCAACAAAUAUCUCACUCCAAUAUUCGUGGACUUUAACUUUUGAAUGUGUUUGUCGACUGAAAAUAUCUCUAAUUCAACUACAUGAAAAAAGAUGAAAAUAUCUAACUUUUAGGGAGUUGAUUAA